AUGCCGACCGUAAAGAAUGUGGCUGUUAUUGGAGCGGGGCCUGCAGGUGCCAUUGCGGUCGAUGCUCUGAUGCAGGAGAAGGUAUUUGACGUUAUUCGUGUCUUUGAACGCCAGGAAAAAGCUGGUGGAUGUUGGGUGUCAAGAGAUGAUAAGCCACCCCAAAAGCUUAAUUUUGACGGCCUGGCUGCCCGCACAGCAGAUUCACCGUUAAGAAUUCCUAAGCAGCUUCCCUGCUGGACACCAGUAGUCGUUCAGGAUCGCUUCACAGAUUCACCGGUCUACCCUGGUCUGGAGACGAACGUUGACGCAGGCGUGAUGUCCUUCUCCCAAGAACCAAUUCCUACAAUUAGAUCUCAAUGGUCAAUCGAUCGUCAUGGCCCAGAGACUCCAUUCCGCCACCACUCAAUCAUCAGAAAGUAUAUCGAGGAUCUUUUCACCCAUAAGGGCCACGAAAGCCUUGUUCAGUACAACACCACCGUUGAACAGGCAACCAAGGACUUUACAAGCCAGAAAUGGACUCUUACUCUUCGCCGCACUAUGGAAAAUAAUGCUAUUUUGUCCGAUUACUGGUGGUCCGAGACCUUUGACGCGGUCGUGGUGGCUUCCGGUCACUACGCUGUACCCUAUAUCCCCGCUAUCCCUGGCCUGGAGCAGUUUGCCACCCGUUUCCCUGGUAGUGUUGAGCACACGAAGCAUUUUCCAGACACGGCAGUCAACCUCAUCGAUAGCGCCCAGUCGCCGAUCCAUGCAGUUGUUAGGGGUCGUUAUAAUGUAUACUUCGGCGACGAUGCCUUUCAACAUCCCAAAAUUCGACGGCGCGCACCGAUCUCGCGUAUCGAAAGCGAAACUCGCACUGUUCACUUUGAAGACGGCACCUCCGAGGCAGGAGUAGAUCACAUCAUUUUUGGUACUGGGUUCACUUGGACUUUGCCAUUUUUGCCGCAAGUGCCGACGCGAAACAACCGAGUUCCAGAUCUGUAUCAGCAUGUGUUCUGGCGACAUGAUCCGACCUUAGCAUUCGUUGGAGCUGUUGGUGCAGGAUUGACAUUCAAGGUAUUCGAGUGGCAGGCCGUUGCCGCUGCGCGAUAUUUCGCUGGGAAAGCGACUCUGCCGCCUGUUGCUGAACAGGAGAAAUGGGAAGCCGAUCGUAUUUCCCAGAAAGGCGAUGGACCAGCAUUUGCGGUGAUCAACCCCCAUUUCAAGGAGUACUUUGAAGAGCUACGCCGUUUUGCGGGGGAUCCAGGCGCUGCUGGACGGUCUCUUCCACCAUUUGAUCAGAAGUGGGUGGAUGAUUUCGAUGCUGGCCACGAAAGGCGGAAGAAGAUGUGGCGACGUGCGAACGCGGCUGCUGGUGCGAAGUUAUAG